AUGACGGCGGCGACGGCGACAACAAUAACAGCGGCGACGACCAGUGCCAGCCAUUGUAGUAGAAGCCCUCGAAGAAGAGGCAUUAGUGCCAGCAGUGGCGGUGUUAUGCUAAUCGCAUCAAUUUUGGUAUUAUCAGUUCAUUACGGCCAUGCACAGGAUUUUGGAUAUGAUGGCGAUAAAGGACCAUCGCACUGGGGUGAGCAGUAUAAUUCCUGCACCGGAAAACAUCAGAGUCCAAUCAAUAUCAACUCUUUGGACGUGAAGAAGGUCAACCUACCGGCGCUAGUGUUUCAGGGUUUCGAUGUCGCACCCCGGGAAACGAACCUGACCAACAACGGUCAUACUGUGGUAGUCACGAUGGAGUCGGAAGUGACGCCGACAGUGUCCGGCGGACCGCUCUCCGGUGUCUACGAAUAUUCCCAGCUUCAUUUCCAUUGGGGUGAUAACGAUACCUUCGGCAGCGAGGACAUGAUCGAUAACCAUCGUUUUCCCAUGGAGCUGCACAUUGUGUUCUACAAGCAGGAGUAUAAAAAUGCUCGAACGGCACUCAACCAUCCCGAUGGGUUGACUGUGCUGGCGUUUUUCUACGAAAUUGCCCCAGAAGACAAUCCCAUGUACCAGGAGUUUAUUGAGCUGCUUGGCAAUGUCACCGGAAGCCAUCUGUCCGAGCGCUUUGACACACCUCCAUCGCUGAAGGACUUGAUCGCGAAGGAUCUGCUUCAUUACUACACCUACGAUGGUUCACUGACGACACCACCCUGCAGUGAGGUGGUCACAUGGAUCGAUUUCAAGGAACCGAUUUUGCUGUCACACGCACAGGUACAAGCGUUCAGAGCACUGGAAAACGAGGAGGGUCAUCCAUUGACACACAACUUCCGGCCUGUGCAACCGCUAGGCGACCGAGUGGUGCUCUACAAUACGGAUGAGCUGAUCAAGGAGGUCGAUCUGGAAAAAGAACAUCCCAUAGAACCGGAAGGAGUCGACACAAACAAGAUUGAUACCCCUAAAUCGGACGAAGCGAUAAACACACCGAAGGAUCCUAGCGUUAGGAAACAUCCUCGCAAUGCAGCUUCGUCACCAUUCAUGACCCGAUGGUCAGUAUUAGGUGCCGCAUUAGCGGUGAUAUGGACCGUGUUUUGUUGCUCGGAUCGAUGCUGA